CUACCCUCUGUAUUUCAAUGUUAGAAACUACUACAACUUCUGCUCUACAUCAACACCAAAAUUUCCCUCUUCUUUCAACAGCCAAAUCGACCCCAGCACUUGUCAUUCACAACUAUAAUUUAUCCAUCUCUAAAAAGAGGAAAAACCCAUGUUUCCAUUCCCUUUCUUGCUCAGACUACAAGAAGCGACUUCAAGUUUCAGCCACCAGAAAACAGCAGCAAGAACAGCAGCAAGAGCAGCAGGAAGAGCAGAAGCUGCUUUCUGGCUUAAGUGAUCAGAUAUGGAAUGGAAAAAAAUCACUUCAAGAAAAUGGUUCUGAUGAAGCAACUGAUUUAGGGUGGUUGCCUGCUUUUCCUUAUGCAUUGUUUGCUUCUAUGUUCAAUUUCCUCUUUGGAUAUCACAUUGGAGUGAUGAAUGGUCCUGUUGUCUCUGUUGCCAAAGAACUUGGUUUUGAAGGAAAUUCCUUUCUCGAAGGACUUGUUGUUAGUACAUUUAUUGGUGGUGCAUUUGUUGGAAGCAUUAGCUCUGGUUUUCUUGUGGAUAAACUUGGUUGUAGGCGAGCCUUUCAAGUUGACACAAUACCUCUUGUUCUUGGUGCAAUCAUCAGUGCACAAGCCCACUCAUUAGACGAAAUACUGUGGGGCAGAUUUCUUGUUGGCCUUGGUGUUGGUGUGAACACGGUUCUUGUUCCUAUUUACAUCUCAGAGAUUGCUCCAACAAAGUACCGAGGUUUCCUGGGAACGUUGAGUCAAAUUGGCACAUGCCUUGGAGUUAUUGCAUCACUUUUCCUGGGAAUUCACUCAGAAAGUGAUCCCCAUUGGUGGCGGACAAUUCUAUAUAUUGCGAGCAUCCCUGGGUUUAUUCUGGCGAUUGGAAUGCAAUUUGCUGUAGAAAGUCCUCGCUGGCUAUGCAAGGCUGGGAGAUCUGAUGAGGCAAUAGAAGUUAUCAAGAAACUCUGGGGGCCAUCAGAAGUCAACAGAGCUAUUGAAAAUAUUCAGUCUGUCAUUAGGAGUGAUGGAGCUGAUCUGGACACCAGUUGGUUGGAACUCUUAGAGGAGCCACAUUCUAGAGUUGCAUUCAUUGGUGGUGCCCUUUUUCUGCUUCAACAAUUUGCUGGCGUAAAUGGAGUUCUCUUCUUUUCAUCAUUGACUUUUGCUGACGUUGGAAUCACAAGCAGUGCUCUAGCAAGCUUAUGUGUUGGAUUUACCGACCUUGCAGGGGCACUCAGUGCUACAUACUUGAUGGAAAAGCAGGGAAGGAAAAGCCUUCUGAUAGGAAGCUACUUGGGAAUGACUGCGUCGAUGUUGCUUGUAGUGUCUGCCAUCAGCUUGCCAGUAGAGAAGGACAUUGGCAACACGUUAUCUGUUCUAGGAACUACCAUGUACAUAUUCUUUUUUGCCUCUGGAGCCGGGCCAGUAACUGGUCUUAUUAUACCAGAGCUUAGCAGCACCAGGACACGAGGAAAGAUCAUGAGCUUCAGUCUUGCUGUUCACUGGGUAUGCAACUUCUUGGUGGGACAAUUUUUUCUGGAACUGGUGGAAAAAUUUGGUGUGGCUUCAGUUUAUGCAGGCUUCGGCGGAUUUUCCUUGAUGGCAGCAACAUUUGGUUAUUACUUUACAGUUGAAACUAAAGGCCGAUCUCUUGAAGAAAUCGAGAUGUCAUUAAAUCCCAAUUUCCUUGGCGGGAAUAAGUGAUAUUGUCUAAUCCAGUGUGGAAAAGGGGAAUAUCUGUUCCAUGUAAAAGGGCUUCAUUCUCCUCCGUGGUCUCUAAAAUUGAUUCACAAGUUCGUGGUUUUGGCUGCUUGAUCCUCCUACAACUUCGAAUUUUGUGAUGUUGUCUCAGUAGACAGGCAAAAAAGGUGUUCUCAGUAUUCUUCUCAAUGCUUUAAUUUAUUUUACUGUUAAUCUUUAUUGGAUACUUCUGCAAAAAGAGGGAGCUGGAUGGUUUAAUGACAAAAAGUUAGUCCGAGGAAUGCCUGUUUGUUUCAGAUAUUCUAGAGGUUGUACAAAGGGGCUGAAAACAAUUGCAAUUGUUGCUGUAAACUAGCUGCAAUUUUAGUACAUUAAAGGUUUAAAAAUUAGCUUUAAAGCGAAUUGAGACAGGUCCAAGUAAUAGUGUAACAAUUGUAAAGUUAGGCUGUGAAACACCAAAUGAUCACAUUACUUUGCUCAA